UUCCCUUCCUCAGUCAUCAACUUUGUUAAUUUAACUUCCCUAGUUCCAUCACUUGUUCUGUUUUAAUUAGCGUCCAAUAAAUGGAAGCUAACAAUGAUUACACACAAGAUGGCACGGUUGAUCUUCGAGGUCAACCUGUGCUUGCUGAGAAAACUGGCAAAUGGAAAGCUUGUUCUUUCCUUGUAGGGUAUGAAGCAUUUGAGAGGAUGGCAUUCUAUGGAAUAGCUUCAAAUCUAGUGGUGUACUUAACAACCCAACUUCAUGAAGACACUGUUUCAUCAGUUAGAAAUGUGAAUAACUGGUCUGGAUCUGUUUGGAUUACACCUCUACUUGGAGCUUAUGUUGCUGACACUUACCUGGGUCGCUUCUGGACUUUCACUAUCUCUUCGCUUAUUUACGUCAUGGGAAUGGUCCUUUUGACAAUGGCUGUAUCAAUUAAAUUCUUGAAGCCACCAAGUUGUGAAAAUGGAGUAUGCAACAAGGCCACUGCAUCUCAAAUUGCCUUCUUCUACACAUCCCUAUACAUAAUAGCCAUUGGGGCAGGUGGAACAAAGCCUAAUAUAUCCACGUUUGGUGCUGACCAAUUCGACGACUUUAAUCCACAUGAAAAAAAGCUAAAAGUUUCCUUCUUCAAUUGGUGGAUGUUCGGUACUUUUGCUGGUGCUUUACUUGCAACAAUAGGCCUUGUUUACAUCCAAGAAAACUUGAGCUGGGGAUUAGGAUAUGGAAUUCCAACUGUUGGUCUAAUAUUUUCACUAAUUAUUUUCUACAUAGGAACCCCAACGUACAGGCAUAAAGUUAGAAAGUCUCGGCAUCCUGCUACGGACCUACUUUGUGUUCCUAUUGUUGCAUUUGCCAACAGGAAAAUUGAGCUCCCUAAUGAUCCCACCCAGCUUCAUGAACUUGAUAUGCAAUACUAUUUCAGUACUGGAAAACGCCAAGUCCAUCACACUCCAGUAUUUCGGUUCUUGGACAAAGCGGCAAUCAAACGAGACAGUAAUACAGGAUCAAGCUUACCAUGCACAGUGACUCAGGUUGAAGGAGCCAAAUUGAUCACAGGAAUGGCCAUGAUAUGGCUAGUAACCCUAAUCCCUAGCAUCAUUUGGGCACAAAUAAACACUCUCUUUGUCAAACAAGGUACCACCUUGGACAGACACUUGGGAUCAACAUUUCAGAUUCCAGCAGCAUCAUUAGGAAGCUUUGUGACUCUCACAAUGCUAUUGUCUGUGCCCAUGUACGAUCAAUAUUUCGUGCCUUUUAUGCGCAAGAAAACUGGAAAUCCUAGGGGAAUCACAUUACUCCAGAGGCUGGGAACUGGAUUCCUCAUCCAAAUUCUAGCCAUAGCGGUUGCUUAUGCGAUGGAAGUCAGAAGGAUGUACGUCAUUAAAAUGCAUCACAUUAAGGGGCCUAAAGAAAUAGUCCCUAUGACCAUAUUUUGCUUGUUGCCUCAAUAUGUGUUAUUGGGUGUGGCGGAUGUGUUCAAUGCCAUAGGGUUGCUGGAAUUUUUCUAUGAUCAGUCACCAGAAGACAUGCAAAGCCUCGGCACGACAUUUUUUACUAGUGGCAUUGGACUUGGAAAUUUUUUGAAUAGCUUUUUGGUGACGAUAGUGCAUAAAAUUACAGGGAGAAAUGGAGGAAAGACCUGGAUUGGAGACAAUAUGAAUGACUCACACUUGGAUUAUUACUAUGGUUUCCUCUUGGUCAUGUCUACCUUAAAUUUGGGAGCAUUUUUGUGGGCAUCCAAUAAAUAUAUCUACAAAAGGGAAUCUACGGAAAUGAAAGAUGAAUUUGUAGAGUUGGAAGGCAAACCCAUAGACCUUCUUCCAUAGAGAGUUGGAACGUUAAUUAAGGAUUAAUUUUCGUUUGAUGUAUAUUAGUUGAUCGCUUUAGUUUUAGCUACUUGUACCUUCCGUUUGAUGUGUAUAUAUAUUAAUUGAUUUAGGAUUAA